GUAACUAGCAACAAAAUAAAUGACUCGAGUCAGCCCAAAAGAAAACGUUAUGUAUCGGCGCUUUAUGUUUUCCCCUUAGUAGGCUUAGUCUCGAUUUGAAAUCUUUUCUAGCCACGUGCAUUCGACAACGAGAUUCUUCCGUAACUGUCAUUACCUGUGAUAUUCCUCAGCUUGGGCCUGGUAAUCACCGCUCGUAAAGUCACUUCUCUACCAGAUCGUACUCGCCUUCUGCACCGAAAAUGAGAGGCUGCGACGUGGCUCUCUUGGGCUUGAUUGAGGUUGGACUGGCCUGUUCCGGUCGCGCCAAUAGCAAUACUCUGCCACCUGAAUUGCAGGUUCUGGGUGCUCCGUCGCAGACCCUUGAUGUGAAGUUUCCGUUAAGUUCGCCACCGUACGCGGUCAAUGUGCAACCUGGGGGCACUCUUCAAGCAAGCGACACCGUGGAUGCGCCAGAAGCGGAUGUUGGACCAUUAUCCAAGCACGGCUCGAACCUGUUCGUGUUCAUGAUGGUCGACCCUGACAUCAACACUACCCAUCCCACCUACGUUGGGCUACACACGAUGGUUGCCAAUCUGACUCCAUAUAAUGAAAAUGGCGCAGCUUCUCACUCCUCCCAUCCAUUCACCACAGUCGCCACUUACAUCGCGCCUGAACCACCCGCAGGGGAAUUCCAUGACUACACACUCUUGGCCUUCCAUCAACCUCCACAUUUUUCAAUUCCUGCAAAAUAUGCUUCGUACGUUGCUACUACGCCGACCAGCCCGCUCAAUCGUAUCAAUUUUCCUCUUCAACAGUUUAUCGCGGAUACGAACCUGGGGCCAGUGGUAGCUGCGAAUUGGUUCAAGGAAGGUAGUGCAUAGUCAAUUAAGAACAAUUGACCCUUCUCUCUUUACUGCUGUCUUCGGUCUAUACCUGGAUAGUUUCAAGGGGCUGCUAAGCACCUUUUCUCUUCGUCUUUGCAAUCCAUGGAGCGCCAUUGCCGAUACGCCUCGGAUAUGCCGUAAUGGUUAAUGUAAUUAGUGGACAUAGUUUGCAGCAUAAUAAGGUCUCGUUUCCUGUAGGUCAGGUUAAGUAGACGAAAAAUAUGUAUACAUAUAUUUGUAACAAAACUAGCACCAACUUAGUAUAUAACGAGCAUCUCUCA